UCCGCCCUCAAAAGGCAUAUAAACAUCGCCAUUCGCAAGCCCAAUACCGGGGCAGCAGACCGGUUUUCCCACAUUUAUCGAUUAUUUUCUGUGUUGCAGCGUGAUAUUACCUUUAUGCAUUCAACAACACACCGUUUUCGCAGCUUGAAUACCGGGACCUGACUUGGCCUACAUCCUCGACCGCAGGCCCUUCCUCCCCCACCCCGCACCGCCGAUUAUACCGUGAUUUCAGGCAUGCUACAAAUUCCUUCCGCCAGGAUGAAUAGUUCCCGCCCUUCGAGAGGCUCUCGAAGCCGCACUGGCACCCCGGACCGAGGUGGCAUUCGCAAACGAGGAGCCGCCCAACGAGUGGAUAGAGAUGGAGAUCUAGACAUGGGCGUCGGAGGGGCCGGAAGAGGACGUGGUAUAGGAAGAGCUCAUACCCGAGGCGAUCUAUCUCGUCGAGCAACCCCGGCAUCGAGACACGGAGGAGACAAAGAGAAGACGUUAGACGCCCUGCAAAAAGCCAUUUUUGGGGCCUCGUCUCAGGCAAACAUCAGGCGUGGGAGAACAAGUGGUAUGGAAGUGGAUCGAGGCCUGUCCCAGCUUAAAGUUCGUGGAUGGAAAGCAAGCAGAGCCGCUUCGAAUCCCGAUGGCGGUGUCGAGAGCCUUAUCGCCUUUCUCGAAAAGAAAGCCACGCCCCCAGACCCAAACUCUGGCGUCCGGUUAAAAAUAAUAAAGUCGCGAGUUGAAGGAGACGCCCUGGUCGUCUCAGUGCGUCCUGAACAGGUGGAUUGGGUGUUACGCAUCAGUGGAUUUUCAUUCGCCGGAGCGCCGCUUACAGUUGAGAGACACGACAAAUCAGGGUUUGGAGGACCUGUUGGCGGUCCUUCUCCCGGUGCAGCUGAUACGAAGGCCAAAAUGACAGCCUUCUUGGCGAAAAGAUACUUCGAACCGAAAAAACUGCUUGACCUGUCGAAACUAGGCACAGACCCAGAUCUUAUUGAGAUGGGCAUGUUCAACACUACUUCCACUGAAUCGAAAUUCUUCCCGGCAUUGAUGAAAAUAUGCGAGCUCACCUUCGACAGCAGUGAGAAAAGGAGAACUGCGGUCGAAAGCGUGAGCCUAGCCGAGAACCAACUGUCAAAUGUCGCCCCGGUGACAUCUCUGGCACAAACUUUUCCAGAUUUGAAAAAUUUAGAUUUGUCGAAUAAUCGACUCCGAAGUACAGAAAAUAUGAGCAGCUGGAGAUGGAAAUUCCGCAAGCUUGAAUUUCUCGAUUUGACGGGGAAUGAAGCUACCGCACAACCCGGCUUCAAAGAAACGAUGCUAAAAUGGUAUCCGAAACUCCAAACUCUGAACAACACUCCCGUCAGAACGCCGGAGGAGAUUGCAGCCCAGAAAAAGACACCGAUCCCUGUUAAGGGGCCUGUUUUCCACGACGAAUCCUCCAUUGCAGAAAACUUUCUUAAGGCCUUUUUCUUCAAUUUCGAUAAUAAUAAAGACGAAGUUCUAAACGGAAUGUACGACGAGAGAUCGAUAUUUUCACUUAAUGUGAAUGUCCUUGCACCACGUGCGCUGCAAAACGAGACGCCCGCCGGCUGGGACGGAUAUAUCAAAAAAAGCAGAAAUCUUCAAAGAAUCAAUCACCUUUCCGCGCGAAUGUCGCGGGCUUAUGUGGGUGUUGAAAACAUUCGCAAUGCAUGGAAUUCAUUACCACGAACGAAUCAUCCUGGAAUUUUAACGAACCCGAAAGAUUGGCUUAUCGAAUGCAACCCCAUUCCAGGACUUCUAGACAUCACAGGCCAGAGCAAGACAGGCGUUGGUGGCCUUCUCAUCACUGUCCACGGGAAAUUUGAUGAACUGGAUAUGAAAACUGGGAGCAAAAUACAAACGCGAAGUUUCGAUCGCACCUUUGUUCUCGGCCCAGGCCGCGGACCGGGAGGAGUAAGAGUCAGUAAUGAUAUGUUGUGCUUAAGGGCUUUUGGCGACUGCCAGGCAUGGAUUCCCGAAGAUCAGCACAAUAUUCCUGCAACAGUACGUGCACAAACAAUGGUGCAGCCCGCAGCCCAACCCUUGCCUGCAGUCCAACCCAUACCCGCAGUCCAACCAGUACCCUCCGCCCAAGGGGCCCAUCCGCAAGCUAAACCUGGAUAUGGGGUGCCGGCACCCGGGAAAACGGACGAACAGGUGAAAAAGGAACAACUGGUACUUGAGAUAAGCUUUAAGACAAGAAUGACACUGGAAUUCUCCGAAAUGGCCCUUAGUGGCAAUAAUUGGAAUAUGGAAGCGGCGUUGAAAAAUUUUGAAGAGCUAAAGGCGCAAGGGAAACUCCCAGCAAAUGCAUUUCUACCGGGGGUGUAGUUUAUGAUGUGUGUUUAAUUGUUGAUAAUCGCUGUACAUACAGUCUAGAGAUUGACUGUGCACAGCCCAUAUUCUUGAUAUUGUUGAUUGAAUAGAGAUGUGGAUGCCAUAUUAGUAGUG